AUGAAGAUCUCAUCGCCGCCGGGACUGCGCUAUCCCUACACAAUCCAGGCGCUGCACAAGCGCAAGGACGAGGAUGUCAAACGUUCCGACAAGCUGUUCACGUGCUGGUACGAGGAGACUGUGACCGAGGAAGACAGGUGGGGGGUUGAGGAGCAGGUCAAGAAGAAGUGGCAGCAGCAUUUCGAUGCGACGACCGGCGGGAAGAUUGCGCGAUGGUUCGUGAAGCCGGGGACGGUCGUUGUUCGGCCUGGAGUCGAGCUUGUCGAGAUAGAAGAGCCAUGCACGCACGAAACGCAAUUCGGCGGCCUCUGCGUCGACUGCGGCGAAGACAUGACCAAGGUCGACUACCUCACCAAGGAGCGAGACGUAAACCGCGCGACCGUCAACCUGACGCACGACAACACGGCUUUGCUCGUCAGCCACAACGAAGCGGUCCGCGCCGAGGAGGACACCAAGAAGCGGCUUUUGAACUCAAAAAAGCUGACCCUGAUCGUCGAUCUCGACCAGACCGUUAUCCACACAACCUGCGAACGAACAGUCGCCGAGUGGCAGGCAGAUCCCGAGAACCCCAACUACGAGGCCGUGAAAGAUGUCAAGGGCUUCCAGUUGGCUGACGACAACUUGUCAAACGUGGCCGCAAACUGGUACUACGUCAAAAUGCGCCCCGGCCUCAAGGAGUUUUUUGACAAAAUGUCAAAGCUGUACGAGAUGCACGUAUACACCAUGGCGACCCGCGCUUAUGCGCAAGCCAUCAUGAAAAUCAUCGAUCCCGACCGCAAAUACUUCGGCGACCGUAUCCUCAGUCGAGACGAAAACUACACAGACAAACUGAAGAACCUUACGCGACUCUUCUACCAAAACACAGCCAUGGUGGUCAUUAUAGAUGACCGAGCAGAUGUCUGGCAAUACAGCCCGCAUUUGGUCCGCGUUCCCGUCUUCAACUUCUUCCUGGGCGCGGGCGACAUCAACGCAGCCUUCCUGCCAAAGCAGCAGGAGCUCGUUACACAAGCAAAGGACAAGCCGCCAACGCCUCCCAACAAGGUAGCGCAAACGGAAACAGGACUGCCUGCACCUGUCUCAGUUGCUGGUAAGCCCGCGGAACCCGCGCCCACAGAUGCAACAAACGGCGACUUGAACGACAUUGGCCAGCAAUUACUAACCAUGGCAGCAGGCGAAGGCGGAGAAGUUCUUGAGCAGCAAGCGAAAGAACAAGAAAAGGUCAUCAUCGCACAACAGACUGAGAGGCCUCUCUUACAGCAGCAACUCAUGCUAGACAAGGAAGAUGCUCAAGCAGAAGAUGCAGAAGUUUUCCCCGAGGCUCCCAAUGGUGAAAUGGAACAUGUAGAGCACCCCAAGGCACGGCACAGUGUUCUCAACGAUGACGACAGAGGCCUUGAAAUCAUUGAGAAGCACCUGGUACAGGUGCACCGCACAUUCUACGACGAGUAUGUGAAGGCAAAAGCAAUACCAGCUGGCGGUCGCAUCGCGGAGCUCAAGGGAGAGAAGAGCCCGAAGAAACGUGCGCUCAGUGACAUCAUCCCUGAUGUUGCUGAGAUUAUGCCCCGCAUCAAGGAAGAGGUGCUUGAUGGCGUAGUCGUCGUCUUUUCGGGAAUUAUCCCGCUAGGCGUGGACGUUCAGACAUCCGAUUAUGCGCUUUGGAUAAGGAGCUUUGGCGCCGAAGUUACCACAAGCGUCAACCGCCGGACCACACACGUUAUAGCUAACCCGGACCGGAAAACGACAAAGGUCAAGCAGGCUGCGCGAUAUCAGCACAUCAAGAUUGUCAACCCCGAAUGGAUGUUCCAGUGCUGUACACGGUGGGAACAUGUCGACGAAACGCCAUACAGCAUCGAAAUAGACCCUGCUGAGCGUGGCGGCUCUCCUUUCGGCGAGCUCGAGGACGAGAGCAUCAAUGCGACUGGCGACGAAGAGCCAGAAGAGCCUGCGGAAUCUCCAGUCGAGCUCGAGCUGACAGCAGAUAACUGGGCCUCUGUGGACGACGAGCUGGCAGAUUUUUUGAACGAAACCGAUACCGAUGAUGACCAUGAAUCAGAUUCAGAUAGUGUCCGCUCGGACAACAGCACAGCGUCAGAUGCAAAGCAGAAUAAGAAGAAGCGGAAGCGAGCUGCUAAUUCCGCAGACGUCAGCGAAGCUGAGGAGAGCGAUAGCAGUGUGGCAUCGGCGUCCAAACUUCAACGAAGGAAGAAGCGCACCAUGGAGCGGGUUACAUCAUUAACCAACGUUCUCAGCGCAGACAAGUCCUCAGGCCUGCCAAGCCCCGAAACUACCGGACCAGAAGAAGGCCAGGGAGACGAUGAAGAAAAAGCUCCCGCAACAAAUGGCGUCACGCCGGAUUUGCAAGAGGACUAUGAUGAUGGCUUGGAGGCAGAGCUAUUGGCAGGCUUUGGGGAUAGCGACGAUGAGCAUGCGUGA